GUAUAAAACCAGCAGCGUCACGGGUGGAGGCAGACAGACGGACGCUCCGAGUCAUCACCUCACUGAGGACUGGACGCAAGCAGCCAACAGGGGCCGCCCUCUCCACUGAGCGCACUAAUUUGGUCAGGGAAUUUAAGAAGGGAAAUGGACUUCAUCCUGCCACCCACUCUGCCGGAUGGCGGAAUCCCGUGGGAGAAGGUUUUGCCACCUCUUAUUCCUCGGCUGAAUGGGACUUAUGGACAAUAUAAGUGGUCCCCGAAGUUGCUGAUUCCGGAGACUGAUAAUGCCAGCUCUGCAGAGGUGAACUGUGAUGAGAGCGGUUUUGUAGUUCAAGUUGAUGUAAAGGACUUCAACCCAGAGGACCUCAUGGUCAAGGUGGUGGGAGACUUUGUGGAAGUGCAAGGCAAGCAUGAGGAGAGAAAGAAGGAUGGUCCAGGAUUUACAACACGACAGUUUAACCGCCGGUACCGAAUCCCAAAGGGAGUGCACACCAUGGCGCUGGAGUCAGCUGUCUCUCCAGAUGGCAUCCUUGUCAUAUCUGCACCGAUGCUGCCAGGCGAGAACACCAGAAUCCUGACCUGAUCACGUUAAGACUAAACACUGAAAUCUCUUCUCUCACCAUUUCAUAAAAAAACAAAUGCAACAGAAGCCUUUAUGAACACACAGGCACAAACAGAAAUAACUUCAGACUCCUCCACUCACAGCAACACCCAGCAUGUGCCAAAACACAAGUUUGUUCUGUUCCUGGCACUGCUCUAUUAUUCCCUGCUCCUCGAGGUUUGUAUAUACUGUCCUGCCAUUGCUCAUCAAUCUUACGUAAUGUUUCAAGGAACCAGUCUUUGUAAAUAUUCUGCGUCCACAGUUCAAAGUACUGCUUUUUUUUGUGCAACUUUUGUAAAAUGCACUGUAUUGUGAUUGUGAUUAAUGAUGCACACAUACAUAUCUCCAAACUCUUUAAUGUGGAAACAUUUCUUUCAAAAAAAAAACUUUAUUUCUUUAUAAAAUAGAAAAUAAAAAAAAGACUACAUCAAGUGCCUUUUGCCAGUGUGUAAGUGACUUGUUGCUCGUCCUGGAGUUCAGUCAACAUAGAGUCCACUUCACUAAAAGGAAAAAUACAGUAAAUUACUGUUCUGGAAUUUGGGUGCUAUGUUUACGUUAUUCUAAUAGCA